AUGGUUGAAAAAGACUGCGGUUAAUGAAAAGAAACUAUUUUUCUGGCCAUGAAGGUUUUAAGAAAAUUUCCCAAUCUCAGACUUCCACCAAAUAGGUUUGAUUUAUCAUAAAAACUUGAUAUCAAUUUCUAUAAAAUAGCAAUUUCUAGCCACUUGGCGGAAGCUUCGUGGACAAUUUUCGGCUGAGAAGUUGCCGGAACCCAAAACUCUACUGCGACGUUCAACUAUUCGGUAAACUUCCAUUCUCCCAUGUCUACAUAAACUCCGUCCUCGCCGCCAGUUCUGGCUUGGGAGAAGGUGAAGAGGUUGCUUCCAGUAAACUGACUAAUAUAUAAAGUCGUCCUUCAACUUCAGGUGAUUCUCGAAAAAAUCGAAAAUACGACGCAUUGUACUCAUGUAGAAGUAUGCCCUCUUUCCGAAAAUGAUUACUCAAUUAUUGUGAGUUCUCGUUUUUUUUAAUUUCGAAUAUAAUAAAAAUUUAGUUGGAAUCUCACUCUACAAUAGAAAAUGAGUUUUUGAAUCAAGUGCGGCUGGUCUCAAAAAACAUGAUUCUACCUUAUUUUGUAUCCAGAGGAAUUCACGUACAGCUCAGAAUAGGUAACACAGCAAAACUUGAAACAGUGUUCUCAUCGAUUUCAUGUUGAAGUAAGUGUAACGCCACCUACUCCACAUCCGGUUCUACUUAACGAAGACUCUGAAUUGCAUGUACAAACAGCAGAAGUCGUCUCUACCACCGGAAAAGUUUUUGAAAACCAAAUUUCAAAGGUAAUUUUCCGCAUUCAUUCGAAUCAAAAAAAUUUUUUUAGGUUAUCGAUUCUCUCAGCACUGACGCUUUCACUUCCAAAUAUGUUAUGGAAGGUGAACAAACUGUGCUUGAAACCAGGAUUCUACCAAGGAAAAUUGUGGAAGCAUGGAUCAAAAAUCAAGUUUCUCUGAUUCAACCGUCAACAAUUUACUGCAUCGGGAAAGGUCAGUUAGACUUUCAAAACUUGCAAAAAAAGCAGUUCAGAAAACACUGUUGCUCCUGAAUUCGGAGUCGUGGAAAUUAAUGCCGACCAAAAUGAGGAGGAACCUCCAAAUUUCGCCUAUUUGUACCGGACUCCCACCAGGCAAAUUCGACGGUCUGAUUCUUUCAACAGCGCGCUUUUGCGUUUAUUCCAGUCCCUUCAGGUUGAUUGAGUGAAAUGAAAAGUUUCAAUACUGAUUUUAGCUGGGUGAUAAGAUCCAAUCCAUCGACGGAGGAUUGAACCUCGAAGAAUAUACUACUGUGGAGCUAACAAGUUUACCAGCCUCUUACGUUCGAGAAGCCAAAAGUGUUAUAGUAACAAUUGAUUCGAAGGUAUGACAAUUCUUGAAUCAUAUUAGAGGAUGGAACUCUGAGUAAUUUGAUCAAAAAACCAUGUCAGACCUACGAUUGGAUGCGACGUUUUGCUGCAAACGAAAAGAUCAUAAAAUCUCUGAAAGCAAAAACGACAGUUCAUCCACUUCUACUAUCAUACGCGGGAAAGACCGUCGAAAUACCCUUGGGAGGUAAAAGAUCCGACUGACUGAGAAUGGAAACCGGUUCAGGAAGCGCUGUCAAAGUCCAUGUCCGACCUUCAAAGUCGGAUUUCAAGUUUUCCAACUACAAAAGAGCAUGUUUUCUGGUACAAGAAAAUUGCGAAGUCAUCAUCAAAGUGAUCUGAAACUCCUUUCUUUGUCUAUGAGAGAUUUCAGGAGGAGAUCGAGAGCAAAUCAAAAGAUCCUUCAUCUGAGAAGAUACGAGAGAAAGAACGGAAACAAGAACUGACAGAUCCUCAAGAAAACUACGGGUUACAAAGCAAAAUAAAACUAGUUCAUAUUGGGUGAGUUUAUCAGAAAACAAAUGAGGAAUAUUUUUUCAGAGGCCACUCUCAACAUUUGCACGAUAUAGUUUCUCUCUUAGAGCAUCAAGAACGAGUUCACUGCUUAAUUCUGGGAGGGAAAGGUGAAACAGCAAAGUGAAAGACGUAAAAAGCUUCUUAUAGGGUAUGGAAAGACAAGCUUACUGAAAAGACUGGCCAGACGUCUAGCCCACAAUUCAAUGGUCUUUUAUAGCCAAAGAUUGGAUUGCGCUCAGCUGAAAGGUAAGCAUUUUGCCUUAAUCCCUUUUAUCGAUCUUUUUCAAAGAUGAAUUUCAGGGAAAAGCGCAGAAAAUGUUGAGAAGAAGUUAUCAGCAACUUUGGGGAAACUAAGCCAGAAAAGUCCCAGCGUUCUUAUAAUGGACGAUCUGGACAGUUUUUUGCCGUUUUUUGACCUUGAACAGCGGCAAAUUCACGUCGAGAAGGUCGUCGCAGGUUUGCUUCGAAGUCGUUCAUUUUUUUCUAUUUGA